AUGAGCAAGGACCUGGAAAAAUUGGUGAGCCCGACGAUGUUCGAGCAGCCAAACACCACCGGCUUCAUCCUGCUCUCCCAGUACUUGCUGUCUACUUACGACCAGGAACGCUUUGAACAAGCUGUCCAGUGGCCGCUGCUGAACAAAACUGAGGAAGGAAGGUACCGCACUCAGGUGAAGAGCUUCAUUGGGACUGUCUUUGAGGAAAACGAUGACUUUACCAUGUCCUCGAUUCAGGCUUCACACCUGCACACUGCACAUGUUAUUGACAAGACGGAGAGAUACGAGGAUAUUGAAAAACGAGCUGUGGAAAGAAUGAAAGAAACAUCCGAGCGUAUCACAAAAUACAACGAAAAAAUUUUUAAAUUAAAACCUGAAUUAGCAGAAAUAGUAGCCAAAUCUGACGUCGAUGAAGAUCUCAAAAAGCGGCUGGUUGAUAUAAAAGAUAAAGAAGCUAUAAAAGAAAUGGCACGAGAUACCUACGCAAAAAUAGAAGAGCUCAGAAAGAAGGUCGAUGAGCAAGACGAGCUAAUGAAAUACGCAGAAGAAGUAAAUGCCCUGGUAAAAAGCGUUUGCGGCCAGGACCGCGUAAUUUUGGACGGCAGCAAGCUUCCCAAAGUAGAUCUGGAUAAACUGAGCAAGUGCCCACUUAACCCAGAAGCGCGAGUCUUAGUACAGAAGCUGUACAACGAAGACGGGCACCUGGUCCUCCGUAACUGGCUGGUGGUCUUCAAAGCAGUGCUCAAUUGCUCCAGGAACACUCUCUCCCAGGAGGAAUUCACUCCGGAGGACAAUGAGCUUAUCAAAGAGCAAACGGAGGUCUUGAAGAGAAUGUCAGAAGAGCUGAGCCAGAUCCAAGCUAGAAUGAAGGAACUCGCUGAUAAAUUACCCAAAGAGCAGCUGCAGCCGCGAGCUCCAGAUGACGGAAAGAUCCUCAACCUGAGCCUCGAACUGGAGAACCUGGGUCUUAUGACAGAGAAGCGGCUGCUGUUGACGCCCAAUACGUCCCUGCCGGCCAUGUUCCUCAAAACUGAUGUGUCUUCGCCACUAGCAGGUCCUUCGACUUCUAAUGUCAAGGACUUGCAGAUCCCCAAGCUAAAGUUUGAUGAUUCCAUUGAUCUAGGCGCGACGGAGAAGAAGAGUCUACCUCCGAAUUUGAUGAGACUGUUCACUGGAUCCAAGAGCGACCUUAUGAGUACUCAGAGCACUUCUGAAUUGGUCAGGAAUUAUACCUUGAAUAUGUCCAGUUCCUUUUGCUCCUUGGGGAAGAAAUCUUCCUUAAAGAGGGUCCUUUCUUCCAAUGGCUCACUACUGGACCAGGAUGAUGCCAAAGAAGAUAAACAAUGUGAUAGCAGCGAUGAAAUUAAAUCUAUGGCUGAUAUUCUUCGUAAAUAUAAAGCUGAUGGGGAUACUUCGAAAUUUUCUUCUUGA